CUAUGCAGUACAGCUAUGGAACCAUCUCCCAGAGGACAUCAAAAAUGCUCCUGCUGUUGGCAGCUUCAAAUCUAGAAUGCUGGUGCACCCUUGCUCUGGUGUGUGAAAUGGCAGUCUGUUUCCAGGCCUCUCAGUUUAACAUUUCUUCUUGCUUGUGUCAGACAGUCAUCACAUAUCUAGUCCUGCCCAUUCUCUACAGUGUCAUGUUCCUCAUAGGGCUGUCUGGUAAUGUCCUGUCUCUUUGGGUAUUCAUGGCAAAGAUCUCCACUAAAACCCCCACCCACAUCUACCUCAUCAACCUGGGAAUCUCCAAUCUGAUACUGUGCUUCAUUAUGCCUUUUAACGCAGCCUACUACGUUCUUAGUACCAGCUGGCCUGCAUCCGGUCUGACGUGUCAAUUGGCCAUAAAUGUCCUGACCCCAGUUCUCCACACUAACAUUGGAGGAGGCGUGCUCAUUCUCACUUGGCUGGCACUAAGUCGCUUUGCUACGAUUAUUCAGCACAACUACGGCAAUCGCCCAAGCAGGUGCACCAAAGUCCUGCCCAGGAUCAUCUUUCGCAGACUGCAGCAAACUCCAUUCGCACUGGCAAUGUGUGCAGGAACUUGGGCCUUUGUGGCGAUGAUCAUCAUUCCCACAGUGGUACUUUACGCUACAAUGGAGACAGAUAGGGUGGACAAUAACAGCACACAGGCAUGUUACAGUGUGGCAGUGGAGGUUGGUGGCUCCAGCUCUCAAGCAUCUGCCAUUGUAGGAAGCACCCUUUUCUUUCUCUGCCUGGUUUUAGUGUUGAGUGCCUACAUAACGGUGAUCAGGCACAUCAACAGGACAAAAAUAAAUAAAAUCAUCCCUGACCGACAGGGGGUCUAUUCAAAAGUAUGCCGCAACAUUUUGGUCAUUCAGAUUGUGCUGGUCAUUUGUCUCCUACCACACCACAUUUAUAAAGUUAUUUUCAUUGCCAUGGCACAGUAUGAAGAUUUCACGCAUGGAAUAUUAAGGUCCCCGUCAGCAGAAGAAUGCCAUCCAUUUUCCAUAUAUGUAGAGGUUAAGAAUGGUCUCCUCUGUCUGGCAGUUCUACGUUGCAGCACAGACCCCAUCAUCUACUUCCUGCUGGACAAGACUUUUAAAAAGUAUGCAUGGAAUUUGUUUCGAGAAAUCUUCCGCACAAAAGAGAGCCAAUCAUCCAGGAGUACAUAUGAAUGUGGACAACUUAAUUCAUUGGGACAGUAGAACUUUAAAAGGUGCUUUGAAACACAAGGCACCUUCACAUUCAAAGGCCUCAAAGACUGAACAAACUUCUCACCAUGCAUUCAAUCAUGAGGUGGCGUGUAGUGCUUGAAAAACACCAACAUGUUGGAAAUUUAUAAUGGAAACGCAUCACAUUGUACUGCAAAGGAAAACUUACCUGAAGGAAACUACGUUCAUAAGCAUGCAAAUAAAAAGACAUUCAAGCCAAACCCUUUUAAAGACCUGGAACUGCAAUGUGUGCAGUAAAAAACACACGUGUGUGUGUGUGUGUGUGAGAGAGAGAUAUACACACACUGUAUGUAUGUAUGUAUGUAUGUAUUAUAUAUAAAAAUCGCACGCACGCGCACACCCCCCAAUCAGCCGUCACAUUGAAAACACUGACAGGUAAAGUGAAUUACAUUGAUUAUGUUGUUACAAUGGCACCGGUCAAGGGGUCGGAUAUAUUAGGCAGUAAAUGAACAGUCAGUUCUCGACUUAUCAAAAAUCAGUUCUUCGGCAAGGGGCAAACACAAAGGGUACAAUGAAAAUAUUUUUAAGAAUGAUUGCUCUUUUUAAAUUGAAUGUAAUGAAACAUCAAAUCCAUAAAUAUGAUAUUUGCCAGCUGGGAGGUCCGUAUGGUGAAGUACUGUGA